AUGUUAUUGAAUCAAUUCAUGUUCUGGAUGAUGGUAACUGAGGCUCUUAUAUGUCUCAUACUGAGUCUUCCCUUUGGCCAGCGAUUAUCCUAUGCCGUUAUUUCAUUUCUAAUGCGAUAUUUUGGAAAAGAUUCACCUGCAAAUACCGUUGCGACUAUUAUUCUCGCCUUGGUCUCGAUUCUCUUUAUCUCGGACGUUACGACACUUUACAAGCAUCAUUCUUCCGAAGAAGUACUUGGUGAUGGCAUGCGGAUUCGACUUCUUACAGCCCAACGAGACAUACGGAGAAAUUUCAUGAGCUUUUUGGACGGUGAAGAAGGUGAUGAGAAGAAGAAGAAGAAAAUUGAUGCGUUGGCUCGAUUGGUGCAGGAAAAUGCCGAGUUGGAAGAAGAGGUGAAAAAUUUGGCUGAGAAAUUGGAAAAAGCACACGAACAAGUUGGGGUGGUGACGAAACAAGCGGAAGGACAAAGCUCGGCGUUUAUGAAACUUAUGGAUGAGAAGAAUGAGGUGGACAAGCAAUUGGAAACGACCAAAUCUCAGGAGGAGAAAUUGAAGCGUCAACAUGAAGAGAUUACCAAGUUGACGGAAGAACGUGAUUCAUUGAAGGCGCAGAUUCAGGACUAUGAUUUCAUGUUUGCUGAAGCCAAGAAGAAGGCGGAGUAA